GCUCCGGCCGCUGGGCGCGGCGCCGCCGGGUCCUCGGUCCCCGCGGCCCAGCCAGGUGCGCGCGGCCGCCCGCCCUCCCCAGGGGGCCCCGGUCUGACCGCUCGCCGGGAGCCGACGGAGGCCAGGCACCAGGCGCCGGGCACCAUGCCGCGCAGCCCCACGUCCAGCGAGGACGAGAUGGCCCAGAGCGUGUCCGACUACUCCCUGGGCUCCGAGUCGGACAGCUCCAAGGAGGAGACCAUCUACGACACCAUCCGGGCCACGGCGGGGAAGCCGGGCGGCGCCCGGACGGAGGAGGGCCAGGGCCACACGCUGGUCAUCCGCAUCCUCAUCCAGGACCUGCAGCAGACGAAGUGCCUUCGCUUCAACCCCGACGCCACGGUGUGGGUGGCGAAGCAGCGGAUCCUGUGCUCGCUGAACCAGAGCCUGAAGGACGUGCUGAACUACGGGCUGUUCCAGCCGGCCAGCAACGGGCGCGACGGCAAGUUCCUGGACGAGGAGCGGCUCCUGCGCGAGUACCCGCAGCCCGCGGGCACGGGCGUGCCUUCUCUGGAGUUCCGGUACAAGAAGCGGGUGUACAAACAGUCCCAUCUGGACGAGAAGCAGCUGGCCAAGCUUCACACCAAGACCAACCUGCGGAAAUGCAUGGACUACGUUCAGCAUCGCUCGGUGGAGAAGAUCGUGAAGAUGCUGGACCGGGGCCUGGACCCGAAUUUCCACGACCUGGAGACUGGGGAGACGCCCCUGACCUUGGCGGCCCAGCUGGACGACUCAGUGGAGGUGAUCAAAGCGCUGAGGAACGGCGGGGCACACCUGGACUUCCGCGCCAGGGACGGGAUGACGGCCCUGCACAAGGCCGCCCGCGCCAGGAACCAGGUGGCCCUCAAGACCCUCUUAGAGCUGGGUGCGUCCCCGGACUACAAGGACAGCUGCGGCCUCACGCCGCUGUACCACACGGCCAUCGUGGGCGGCGACCCCUACUGCUGCGAGCUGUUGCUGCACGAGCGGGCGGCCGUGUGCUGCCGGGACGAGAAUGGCUGGCACGAGAUCCACCAGGCCUGCAGGUACGGACACGUGCAGCACCUGGAGCACCUGCUCUUCUACGGGGCGGACAUGGGGGCUCAGAACGCCUCGGGGAACACGGCCCUGCACAUCUGUGCCCUCUACAACCAGGACAGCUGUGCGCGGGUGCUGCUGUUCCGGGGCGGGGACAAGGAGCUGAAGAACUACAACAGCCAGACCCCCUUCCAGGUGGCGAUCAUCGCGGGCAACUUCGAGCUGGCGGAGUACAUCAGGAGCCACAAGGAGACGGACGUGGUGCCCCUCGUGCCAACCAGGAGGACCGUCCCUAGGGCACCUCCUCCCUCCCGCUGCCCUGCCGGCGGCUGGGCCCCGCCUUGCAUCCUGGAGGAGCCAGCUGGCCUGUGUCCCCCGGCCCCGGGCCUGCACAGGAGCCACAGUGGGGAGCAGGCCGCCUGGACCGGCAGCGUGCCCUUCCGAGAGGCCCCGGCGUACACCAACCGCAGGCGCCGGGCCCCCAGCACGCUGGCCGCCCCCCGCGUCCUGCUGCGCUCCAACAGCGACAACAACCUCCACGCCAACGCGCCCGACUGGGCCGCCGGCCCCGCCUCGCACCGCAGCCUCUCGCCGCAGCUGCUGCAGCCCGUGCCCGGCCAGGCCGACGGGGGCCCGCGGACGGUGGGCGGCUACGUGCCCGGGCCCCGCAGCCGCUCGCCGUCACUCAACCGGCUCGGCGGCGCCAGCGAGGAUGGCAAGAGGCCCCUGCAGCCCUGGCACGUGGGGCCGGCCUUCCCGCCCGGAGCCAACAAGGACGCGCCCUCCGCCUUCCCGUACCCGGGGCCCAAGCGGAAGCUGUACAGCGCGGUGCCCGGGAGGCUCUUCGUCGUCGUCAAGCCAUACCAACCCCAGGUCGACGGCGAGAUCCCCCUCCACCGUGGGGACAGGGUCAAAGUCCUGAGCAUCGGCGAAGGGGGCUUCUGGGAAGGCAGCGCCCGCGGCCACAUCGGGUGGUUCCCGGCCGAGUGCGUGGAGGAGGUGCAGGGCAGGCCCCGGGACAGCCAGGCAGACACGCGUGCGGACCGCGGCAAGAAGCUCUUCCGGCACUAUACGGUGGGCUCCUACGACAGCUUCGACGCCUGCAGCGACUGCACCGUCGAGGAGAAGGCGGUGGUCCUGCAGAAGAAGGACAAUGAGGGCUUCGGCUUCGUCCUGCGCGGGGCGAAAGCGGAUACGCCCAUUGAGGAGUUCACGCCGACGCCGGCGUUUCCGGCCCUGCAGUACCUGGAGUCUGUGGACGAAGGCGGGGUGGCCUGGCAGGCCGGACUGAGGACGGGGGACUUCCUGAUCGAGGUGAACAGCGAGAACGUGGUGAAGGUCGGGCACCGGCAGGUGGUGAACAUGAUCCGCCAGGGAGGGAACCACCUGGUCCUCAAGGUGGUCACGGUCACCAGGAUCCUCGACCCCGACGACACCACCAGGAAGAAAGCACCCCCGCCUCCCAAGCGUGCUCCGACCACGGCCCUCACGCUGCGCUCCAAGUCCAUGACCUCGGAGCUGGAGGAGCUCGGUAAGCGCCCCUCGGUCCGGAAGAAGAAGGAUAAGCCCGAGGAGAUCGUGCCCGCCGCCAAGCCCUCCCGCGCCGUGGACAGCGUGGCCGUGGAGUCCCGCGUGGCCACCAUCAAGCAGCGGCCCUCCAGCCGGUGCUUCCCGUCCGUCUCCGACGUGAACUCCGUGUACGAACGCCAGGGCAUCGCCGUGAUGACGCCCACCGUGCCCGGGAGCCCGAAGGGCCCCCUCCUGGGCCUCCCUCGAGGUACGAUGCGAAGGCAGAAGUCAAUAGACAGCAGACUGUUUCUGUCAGGAAUAACGGAGGAGGAGCGGCAGUUCCUGGCCCCUCCGAUGCUGAAGUUCACCAGGAGCCUGUCCAUGCCGGACACGUCCGAGGACAUCCCCCCGCCCCCGCAGUCCGUGCCCCCGUCCCCACCGCCCCCCUCCCCCACCACCUACAACUGCCCCAAGUCCCCGACACCCAGGGUCUACGGCACCAUCAAGCCCGCCUUCAACCAGAACCCCGCGGCCAAGGUGCCGCCGGCCACGCGCUCGGACACGGUGGCCGCCGUGAUGCGGGAGAAGGGGCUGUUCUACCGCCGGGAGCUGGACCGCUACUCGCUGGACUCUGACGACCUCUAUGGCCGCACCCCCGCCGCCCAGGCCGGCGCCCGCGGCCGGCGGGGACAGAUGCCCGAGAACCCGUACUCGGAGGUGGGCAGGAUCGCCAGCAAGGCGGUGUACGUGCCGGCCAAGCCCGCGCGGCGCAAGGGCACGCUGGUGAAGCAGUCCAACGUGGAGGACAGCCCCGAGAAGACCUGCUCCAUCCCCAUCCCCACCAUCAUCGUCAAGGAGCCCUCCACCAGCAGCAGCGGCAAGAGCAGCCAGGGCAGCAGCGUGGAGACCGACCCCCAGGUCCCCGAGCCGCCGGGCCAGCUGCGGCCGGACGACGGCCUGGCCGUCAGCAGCCCCUUCGCCGCUGCCAUCGCCGGGGCGGUGCGGGACCGGGAGAAGCGGCUGGAAGCCAGGAGGAACUCACCCGCCUUCCUGUCCACGGACCUGGGGGACGAGGACGUGGGUCUGGGGCCACCCGCCCCCCGGGUGCAGCCCCCCGCGUUCCCCGAGGGUAGUUUCGGCGAAGAGGAGGGCGCCGAGCAGCUGGCGUUGCCCACCACGCCAGGGGCGGCGCCCAGGGAGCCCGAGAGCCAUUUGGUGGGUGGCGGUGAGGCCAGAGCUCAGGGUGAGGCCGGAAGGCCGCCGAACAUGUCCAAAGCCAAGGGUCCCGAGGGCAGCCCCGUGGGGCCCCCCAAGGGCGGCGGUGCCGCGAGCCCCGAUAACUACGUGCACCCGCUCACGGGGAGGCUGCUGGACCCCAGCUCUCCGCUGGCCCUGGCACUUUCCGCGAGGGACCGAGCCAUGAAGGAGGCCCAGCAGGGCCCCAAGGGGGAGGCCCCCAAGGCCGACCUCAACAAACCUCUCUAUAUCGAUACCAAAAUGCGGCCCAGCAUGGAGGCCGGCCUCCCCACGGCCACCAGGCAGGGCGCGCGCGGGCCCCUGCGGCGGCAGGAGACCGAGAACAAGUACGAGAGCGGCCUGGGCAGGGACCUCAAGGGCGAGGACCGGAAGAACAUGCUGAUCGACAUCAUGGACAUGUCCCAGCAGAAGUCGGCCGGCCUGCUCAUGGUCCACACGGUGGACGCCGCCACGCCUGGUGGCUGCCUGGAGGAAGGGGAUGAGAACGCCGACGCAGAAGCCACGCCGGGCCACGCGCUGCCUGCGGUGCCAGAAGGUGUUCCCGAAACCGAAGGUGCUUUACAGAUCGCCGCCGGCCCCGAGCCCGCGGCCACCACGCCCGGCAGGACCAUGGUGGCGGCGGGCUCCCUGGAGGAGGCGGUGAUCUUGCCAUUCCGCAUCCCUCCCCCGCCGUUGGCGUCCGUGGACCUGGACGAGGACUUUGCUUUCACAGAGCCAUUGCCACCCCCCCUGGAGUUUGCCAAUAGUUUUGACAUCCCCGACGACCGCAUCGCUUCUGUCCCCGCCCUCACGGGCUUGGCCCAGCAGGACAGAAACGACACCUCCCCGUCCCCUGCGUCGAACCCCAGCCAACCCACCAGCUCUGCCGACGGCAAGAUGCUGGCCGGCCUCCCCAACUGCCUGCCGGCCCCGCUCCUGCCGCCCCCUGAGAGCUUUGACACAGUCACGGACUCGGGCAUCGAGGAGGCCGACAGCCGCAGCGGCAGCGACCACCCCCUCGAGACCACCAGCACCGUCUCCACCGUGUCCAGCAUCUCCACGCUGUCCUCCGAGGGUGGCGAGAGCGUGGACACCUGCACGGUCUACGCAGACGGGCAGGCGUUUGUGCUGGACAAGCCCCCCGUCCCUCCCAAGCCCAAAGUGAAGCCCGUCGCCCACAAAAGCAAUGUGCUUUACCAGGACACGCUGGCGGAAGAGGACACGGACGGCUUCAUCCCCCCGCCUGCACCCCCACCGCCACCCGGCGGGGUCCAGCCCGGGGCCGUGAAGGGGAUCCAGCCAAGGACCUCCAAGUUGUGGGGUGACGUCUCGGAGGUCAGAAGCCCCAUCCUCUCCGGCCCGAAGGCAAACGUGAUCAGCGAGUUGAACUCAAUCCUGCAGCAAAUGAACCGAGAGAAACUGGCCAAGCCGGGCGAAGGCGUGGACGCGCCCACAGGGACCAAGCCGGCCGGCCUCGCUCCCAGAAGCCCAGAGGUGGUGAGCACCGUCUCAGGGACACGGAGCACGACCGUCACCUUCACCGUCCGCCCCGGGACCUCGCAGCCCAUCACCCUGCAGAGCCGGCCCCCGGACUACGACAGCAGGACCUCAGGAACCAGACGUGCCCCCAGCCCCGUGGUCUCGCCCACGGAGAUGAGCAGAGACAUCCUGCCCGCCCCGCUCCCCGCCGCCGCCGCGUCCCCGUCCCCCACCCUCUCCGAGGUCUUCAGCCUCCCGAGCCAGCCCCCGGCCGGGGACCUGUUCGGCCUGAGCCCCGCGGGGCGCAGCCGGUCGCCGUCCCCCUCCGUCCUGCCGCCGCCCCUGUCCAGCAAGCCUUUCGCCACGAAACCCGUGCACCUGUGGACGAAGCCCGACGUGGGCGACUGGCUGGAGAGCCUGAACCUGGGCGAGCACAAGGAGACCUUCCUGGACAACGAGAUCGACGGCAGCCACCUGCCCAACCUGCAGAAGGAGGACCUCAUCGACCUGGGCGUGACGCGGGUCGGGCACCGCAUGAACAUCGAGAGGGCCCUGAAGCAGCUGCUGGACAGAUAAGGGCGGCCGCGCGGCCCCACGGACUCCGCGAGAAGUAGAGGUGGGCUCCCGCGGGGGCGGGGGCUGCACGGCCGCGGGGCCUGGGCGCCCCUCUCCCGGGUUUGUCUCCGGGCACCCAAAGAAAUGCGGGCGUGGCCGAGCGCAGGUGGGGCUCCCGGCUCCCGGCGGGUUUCCUGGGCUGUGUCUGUCCAGCCAGGGGCACGGGAGGGAGUUUUCUAACCCGGAGGGAGACCUCGGCUGCCUCCCGCCCGGCGCGCGGGCGGCCUCACUGCAGGGCCGAGCGUGGCCGUGGUCCGCGGGCCUGGCUCUCGCCGGCCGACCCCCUGGGCCGCAGAUACCUCCCGAGCCGCCCUGCCCCGGCGCCGCGGCCGUGCUCGCUCCUCUCGCCUGUGCUCUGCUUGCGGCGAGGUGGGCGGACCAGCCUGGGGGCCCCGCGUGGGCCGGAGGUAGCGAAGCCUCUUCCAGCCGCCUCCCCGCCUCCCGGGACGUGGGCCGGCUCCUUGGCCCAGAGGGUCCGGCAGCUGCGGGGUGAACGGGAUCGUGCGGCUUUGCUUAGCUUCCUUUCUUUCUUUCUGCAAAUCGACUCGCAUGAUUCCCAAGUGGCCAGCCAUGCCACGCGGAGCGAGUCAAAGCACAAGGUCACGAUCCCGAGGAGGGGCCUGGGCGGGAGCCAGCGGCUCCCGGACCGGCCUGGGAGGAGGGCUGCUCUGCACUCAGGCUUUUUAACUGAGUGUGGGAUUCUGCCCGGAGCAGAGCAGGCGAGCCCCCCCACCCCCCCCACGUGAACAAGAUACGAGGUGAAUGACGGCAGCGUGCUGGGCCGCGCAGCGCCCUCCGUCCUGAGCCGCCCUUUCGCUCUCUGCGGCCCGAGCGGGUGGCACUUGGGCCUCCCCCCUUCUCUCUGCGUGUCCAGGACCCCACCAGCUUGUCUUAAUCGUCCCACCGUGUUUGGAGAACCCAGAGGGUAUGGCAGGGCCCAGGGGAGACAGGGUGGGUGUGAGGCAG